AUGGUCGAUACCGCUCCGGUGACAGCAGCUUCAUCUAUUCCCCAACCAGGUGACGGCGCAUAUCUUGCCCGUCCCACCCCACAGCCAGGCGACGGCGCAUACCUUGCGCAACGUCCGAACAGUGGUCCUUCCCGCGGCCCAAGAAACAACGGCCGUGGACGCGGACGCAAACCUGGAAACGCCGCUCACGGUUCAUUUUCUGUUCAUGAGCCUCCGGCGGCGCAAAUUGGCGCGCUCACCCUCGACCCGUCGCCUAACGGCGGCCCUCGAAGCGCACGAGGCAAGGGUCGCAACAAUGGCCCGCGGCCGAACGGGACGUCCGACGGUCCGCAUCGCGGCCGCAACAGGCCCCAGAGACAGCGGGGCGAGCCUGUGAAUGGGGUCGCUACUCCGUCCGGCAGCAGUCCCAGCACCCCGCUGAACCCGACAGCGAGCGUCUUCAACCCCGAAGAGGGUGGACUUAGCCGCCCAAGCUCGCGAGGGUCGCAGUCCAAGAGCCGACAGCGCAAGCCCAAGACGGAGGCGGAUGGUGCUGCGGCGCCCAAGCCCGUCUCUAGCCGCCGCGCUGCGUUUGAGCGCGGGACCAAGCUCACCACUGGUGACGCCCCGCCGAAGAAAGAGAAGGCCGCAAGGAAGCAUGUCGACCACCCAGAGCCGCUCGGCCCCGAGCCCGACGACCUCAACUCCCGACUCACUCGGGGUCUGCGCGGCAAGCCGUUCCUCGAGUGCCCGAUCUGCUUCAACCCCAUCUUCUCGCAACAGCAGACGUGGUCAUGCCUGCCACCCCACUCGCCACCCGAGUAUCCCAAAUCGCUGGAAGAGAAUGAGCGACCGGCAUUCGCCACGGCACACUACACUGCGUGCUACACGCCUUUCCACAUCAACUGCGUCCGCGACUGGGCAUCGCGCAGCCUCCAUGACGACGCCGAGCGGAUACGCAAGUCGGAGAGCAAGGACGAGCCGUCCUGGCGUUGCCCAGGAUGCCAGAAGCACCGUGCUCUCAAGAUCGGGGGUUAUAGGUGCUUCUGCGGCCGCCUUGCGAACCCUCCCACUAACACGAGUGCGCCGCAUUCAUGCAACGAUGCCUGCGCGCGCACUCGCCCGAACUGCAGCCAUCCGUGCCCUCUCAACUGCCACCCAGGACCCUGCCCACCAUGCCAGGUCGCCCUAGUUGUUCGCUGCCCGUCGCACGCAUCGGCCCUCACCGUCAAGUGUUCGACCGCGAGUACCAACGACGCAGCGCUCACACCCGUCUGUGAUGAGAUUUGCGACCGUGAGCUUGGUUGUGGCAAGCACAGGUGUGAAAACCUCUGCCACUUUGGCUCGUGUGGCGACUGUGGUGAGGUCGACACCGUUCGCUGCUACUGCGGUGAGGAGGACAAGGUCGUACCGUGUGGCUGGAACAAGAAGGAGAGCAAGGCCGGCGAGACCGAGUUCCUGUGUGAUCGGGUGUGCAAAGCGCUCCGUAACUGUGGCCGUCACGAAUGUGGCCGUGUCUGUUGUCCUCUCUCGUACAAGGCGAAGCGUAAGGGCCGGCGUGCGCUCGACCUUGACUUCGACAACGACGACCUCCAUCAGUGCCCUUUGGUCUGUGGCAAGCUCCUCAGCUGCGGCAUCCACGCUUGUCCCAAGCCAGACCACAAGGGCGCAUGCGGCCGUUGCCUGCAGGCCUCGUACGACGAACUCAUCUGCAACUGCGGACACACAGUCGUUUAUCCUCCCGUUGCGUGUGGCACCAAGGUCAACUGCGUGUUCCCUUGCGCGCGGCCCGAUCCGCCCUGUGGCCAUCCGAAGACUCCUCACAACUGCCAUGAGGAGCCUGAUUGUCCACCGUGCCCUUUCCUUACUGCCAAGCCUUGCGCCUGUGGUAAGGACCCCGCGGUCAAGAACAUUCGUUGCUCCCAGUCACAGGACCGCGUCUCUUGCGGUCAGGUGUGCGGCAAGCUUCUCGGUUGCGGCUACCAUCGCUGCGAGAAGACGUGUCACCCCGGCGAGUGUGAGUCGUGCACGCAGACCUGCAACAAGCCCAAGCGGAUCUGCAAGCAUGCCUGCUCGCACACCUGCCACGCACCCGCCAAGUGCCCCGAGAACGAGGGGUGCUCGACGAUCGUCAUUCAAACAUGCUCGUGCGGCAACCUGCAGACGCGCACCACGUGCGGGUCCAGCACUUCGAAUCCCUCGAGUCGCGAGACGGCCCAGCUCAAGUGCAACGCCGACUGCAUGAUGCGCCAGCGCAACGCGCGUUUAGCUGACGCUUUGGGCAUCAAGCAGCCUAUCGACCGGACGCUGACCGAGUGGCCGCCUGAGUUGCGUUCGUUUGCGUUGGCAAACCUCCCGUUUGUCAAGACGGUUGAGAACACUUUCCGCGACUUCGUGAACGGGACGCGCCAGACUGUCAUCCUCCCACAUAUGCCCGCGGCCAAGCGCACAUUCGUCAUGUCCAUGGCGGACGUGUACCGUCUCGGCCGUGAGCUGAUCGAUGCUGAGCCGAAUCGCUCGGUGCAGAUUCGCCGGCGCGUCGACACACGUCUCCCAAAUCCCCUCCUGUCGACCGCAGUCCAGCCCGCGCCCUCGAAACUCGGUGGUCUGGGAAACCUCCGCGCGUCACCCGCUGGCGUGUGGGGAGGCUCGAGGAGCGGAACUGCGUCGCCGUCCACGGCUGCGUCAGCGGCCAAGGCCAACACGCCGACCGCGAGCGGGCCCUCGUCCCGUGUCCCCUCGCCCGGCGCCGAGCAAUCGCGCCCAACCCCGCCCGAGUCGUCUCGCGUGCAUGUCCCGGUCACGCAUACUCACGUGCCAGUCCAAACCGUCGGCGUCGUCGGCGACACCGACUGGGACCAGAGUGGCGACGAGGCCGACUGA